AUGCAGAUACCGUUGAGAAUGUGCAGCCGCUUUAACCUUCAACGCUCUGCAGCUGUAGGCGAAAAUACAUGUCCAUAUAAGUGGAUAUUCUACGUUUUUGCUAGGGAGACGGAUCCACCGCCCAAAGUGCUGAAUUCGACAAGGGCGUCGCUAACAGGCGAAGCAAAAGCUCGUUUUCGAGUCACCGCUUCCAGCGUAUGCGAAGAGAACAAGCAGGGAAAGGGCAAUGAAAACACAAAGCCCACCUCAACUGCACCAAGAUGGAGUGAUAACGUGCACUGCGGUGACCAGGUUUUCAAAAGAGGAUUAAAUCCCAGCGUUGGGAAGGUAAGAGGAGCGUCGACAGCUGCGAGCUUCCCUGCGAGAGGAAGUGCCGAAGGCACGGGAUCGCUAGCGUCUGCUUUCUUUCAGGCUUCCAGUGGUGCUCAAUCAAGUGCCCGCCCAUUUGAAAAUGUUACAGCGACUCCAGAAGAUAAGCAGAACCUUCUAAGUUGCGUACCAAAAGGCGAAGAAAACCUUAUAUCUCAUGGAAUACAGAGAGAUCCCGAAUACUUUAGCUCUUUAGAUGACACGUCUGCGGCUGUGGGCGACAAGAAGAUGGACCAGCAGCGGGAGCUGAACGCGCAUAUGUUUGGAGAAGCUGCAGUGCAUGCUGUGCUGACUGCGAGAAAACUUCGAAGAAAACAGGAAAAUGAAAGGGAGAGCCAGCUAGCCAAGAUUCGUAUCGAGUAUGCUAAAGAGAGAAAGACUGUUGAAGAUUCCGUCAGAAACCGGCUUCUGCAGGAAAACAGCGCGAGGCUACCCAUGCAUAUCUCAGAUGAGCAAGAAAUGCUGACAGCGAGAGCACCCAUUCCCACUAGCGAUACCGCAGUAAGGCCCUAG